AAUCCUUCGGGAAGAAGAAAGAAAGUGAUAUGUGAGAAGGAAGGAAUGUAGAGAGAGAAAGUGGGAAUUGGAGAAAGAAAAGAAAACGCAUCGCUGGAGCUGUUUUUAAUUGUUUUGAUUUUGACUCUCUCUCUCUCUCUUCUCUCUCAUUGUUUCUCUUUUUUCCUCUUUCUUCUCUGCUCAUCAAUACCAAUUCCAAAGAUCUCAACUCUACACCAACUCACGUAACCCCAGAAUGUCUUACGCUUACCUCUUCAAAUACAUCAUCAUCGGUGACACCGGAGUUGGAAAAUCAUGUCUUCUACUUCAAUUCACUGACAAGCGCUUUCAACCCGUUCAUGACUUGACCAUUGGUGUUGAAUUCGGUGCCAGGAUGAUCACAAUUGAUAAUAAGCCAAUCAAGUUGCAAAUAUGGGAUACGGCUGGUCAAGAAUCCUUCAGAUCUAUUACAAGGUCUUACUACAGAGGAGCUGCAGGUGCCCUGCUUGUUUAUGAUAUAACCAGGAGGGAGACAUUCAAUCACUUGGCUAGCUGGUUGGAAGAUGCUAGGCAGCAUGCAAAUGCAAAUAUGACAAUUAUGCUGAUUGGCAACAAGUGUGAUCUUGCUCAUAGACGGGCUGUAAGCACAGAGGAAGGUGAGCAGUUUGCAAAGGAACAUGGAUUGAUCUUCAUGGAGGCCUCAGCAAAAACUGCUCAGAAUGUUGAAGAGGCAUUCAUAAAAACAGCUGCAACCAUAUACAAAAAGAUUCAGGAUGGAGUUUUUGAUGUAUCAAAUGAGUCUUACGGGAUAAAAGUAGGAUACGGUGGAAUUCCUGGACCAUCUGGAGGUAGGGAUGGCCCUUCUGCUUCAGGUGGAGGCUGCUGCAGUUGAAGUGAACAUAUUGCAACCUAUUUGCUUCAAUGUAGUUCUUUAUGUAUUUUCUUCUUUUCCUUUUUAUUUUGGGUUUGGAUAUGAAGAUAUAUGUGUUCUACGUCCAUUGAUAAAGUCAGAUAAUUGUAUAAUGUUUUCUUUUUAAUCUUGACUUUGUUUCUUUGACUUAAACUGAUUAUUUGUCUAUACUUGUGUGCAUAAUUAAUUGAUAUGUUGUUUCAUUCUUCU